AGCCUUAACUUGCCUCACACAUUGGAACUUUCUUUCCUUCUUUGGACUGUCAUCAUGAGCCGCCAGUUCUCUUGUAGAUCUCGUGGAGGAGGAGGAAGUGGUGGUGGUGGAGGAAGCUGUAAUUUCAGUGCGAGCUCCGUAAACAAAGGAAGCUUGGGUUACAGUGGGUCCUGCUCAAGAGGAGGGGGCCGAGGCUUCAGUGGAGGCUCUGCGGUGGUCUCCAGUGGAAGUCGGAGGUCUGUCAGCAGUUCCCCCUGUUUGAUGCGCCAUGGUGGAGGCAUGAGCAGCCAGAGUCUUGUUGGCCUCGGAGGGAACAGAAGCAUCUCCAUCAGUGUGGCCAGAGGGGGCAGUGGUUUUGGUGGCAGAGGUGGCAGCUUUGGCGGAGGAGGUAGCUUUGGCGGAAGCGGCUUUGGCGGAGGCAGCUUUGGCGGAGGUGGCUUUGGCGGAGGCGGCUUUGGUGGAGGCGGCUUUGGCAGAGGCAGCAGUUUUGGAGGAAGUGGCUUUGGAGGAGGUCGGUUUGGGCCAGGUGGUGGUUUUGGUGGCCCUGGUGGAUCUGGUGGCUUUGGUCCUGGAGGAUUCCCUGGAGGUGGCAUUCAUGAAGUUACUGUCAACCCAAAUCUUCUGGAACCUCUUAAUAUAAAAGUUGAUCAGGAGUUCCAGAAUGUCAGAUCCGAGGAACGGGAACAGAUCAAGAAACUCAAUAAUAAAUUUGCUACCUUCAUCGACAAGGUACGUUUCCUGGAGCAGCAGAACCAGGUGUUGACAACCAAGUGGGAGAUGCUCCAGCAAAUUGAUGUCAGUUCCCAAACAACCAACCUAGAGCCCUUAUUUGAAAAUUACAUCAGCAGCCUGAAGCGCACGGUAGAUUCUCUUGUGGCAGAGAGAACGAAGCAAGACUCAGAACUGAACAACAUGCAGGAUCUUGUUGAGGAUUUUAAGAAGAAGUAUGAAGAGGAAAUAAACAAACGUACCAGCUGUGAGAAUGACUUUGUGACAGUUAAGAAGGAUGUGGACAAUGAUUACGUGAACAAAGUGGACCUGGAAACCAAGGUGAACCUGAUGCAAGAAGAACUUGACUUCUUACGUGUCCUAUUUGAAACGGAGGAAUCCCAGAUGCAAAAAUGCAUCACUGAUACCAAUGUGAUCCUGUCCAUGGACAACAACCGCAACCUAGACAUGGAUAGCAUCAUCAAGGAGAUCCAAGCCCAGUGUGAAGAAAUUACAAUGAGGAGCAAGACAGAGGCGGAAGCCCUAUAUCACAGCAAAUAUGAAGAACUCCAGAUCACUGCAGGGAAACAUGGAGAGAGCUUGAAGGAAGUCAAGAUGGAGAUCAGUGAGCUGAACCGCAUGAUCCAGAGACUUCAGGGAGAAAUUUCCCAUGUGAAAAAGCAGUGCCAAGCUGUGCAAGACUCCAUUGCUGAUGCAGAGCAACGAGGGGAGCAUGCUCUCAAAGAUGCCAAACACAAGAUGGAGGAGCUGGAAGAAGCUCUCCAUAAAACCAAGGAGGAGCUGACCCGCCUGCUGAAGGACUACCAGGAGCUGAUGAAUGUCAAAUUGGCCCUGGAUUUCGAGAUUGCUGCCUACAAGAGGCUGCUGGAGGGAGAGGAGGAAAGAAUCUCUGGAGAAGUCUGCAGUAACGUGAGCGUAUCUAUAAGCAGCAGCACUAUCUCAUCCAAUGUGGCAUCCAAGGCUGGCUUUGGAGGUUCUGGAGGAGGAGGCAGUGGUUCUGGAGGCAGGGGGUCUGGCUCUGGAGGAGGAAGAAGUUAUGGCUCUGGAGGCAGUGGUUCUGGAGGCAGAGGGUCUGGCUCUGGAGGAGGAAGAAGCUAUGGCUCUGGAGGCAGUGGGUCUGGAGGCAGGGGGUCUGGUUCUGGAGGAGGAAGAAGUUAUGGCUCUGGAGGCAGUGGGUCUGGAGGCAGUGGGUCUGGAGGCAGGGGGUCUUGCUCAGAAGAAGGAAGAGGUGGUGGCUCUAGAGGAGGUUAUGGAUCCAAUUCAGGAGGAGACCAGGGAGAAGAGGGCUGUGGCUCUAGUGUGUCUUUCUCAUUCAGAUAAAGUUGAUGCUCAAAUGCCUCCCUACACAGAUUGCGAAAACAAGCUUUCCUUUGCUCCUCUUGCUGACAGUGUUUCAAACUACACCACUCAGCUUCUUUUCAGAGGAGAAAGAGAUGCUCAAGCAUAUUUUCUGAGGGCUCUUGCCUCCACCGCCCCUCCAAAAGGGUCGGCUCUCCUGUGUUAGGGGAAACUCUCCUAGGGCUCAGGGGGAUGUAGCAUCCUUUGUGCUCCCAAUUACAAUCUUUUUCAAUGGCCUCUUCUGAUUAACAGCCCCACUUUUGAGUCCUUCUUUCCCAGCAUGUAGAAAAAAGGAAAAAAAUAAAAGUUACAUUCCUUGUGUACAUAAUUCCUCUUUCUGACUCUGCUGUCUGAAAUGUUAUUCUGUCCUUACCCAUGUCUAUACAAUAAAUUUCAUUUGC